CGUUUCUGUACCUUCAAAACAAUCAUUCACACAAGAGUAGAGAUUCAUCUUUGAGAGCUGAAGAUAACCCUUUAUUUUCUUUUUUAUAUUAACAAGAAACUAUUGUUAGGAGCCCAGAGAGAAAAAGGAAGCAAUGAAAGGAGGACUGGUUGUAGAUAGUGGGUUUAUAUACCAAGACGAGAAGCUUUUAACUGUACUUAAAACCUCUCUGUUCUUCGCUAAUGAUGGAUUCACUGUCUAUGACUGUAAAGGCGAGUUAGUCUUCCGAGUUGAUUCAUACGGACCUGAUACUCGCGAUACUGGUGAAGUUGUUCUCAUGGACGCCCAUGGCCGCUGCUUGCUCACCGUUAGAAAAAAGAGGCCUAGUCUACAUAAUCGAUGGGAAGGGUAUUUAGGAGAAAGAUCAGACGGUCAGAAACCGAUCUUCAGCGUAAGAAGAUCAUCGAUGAUCGGACGGUGUAGCGUUGCUGUAGAAGUGUAUGGCAAUCCAGGAGAGGAGUACCAGAUAGAAGGUUCCUUUGCUAACAGGUGUUGCACGAUCUUCAAUACAGUAAAGGAAUCAGUGGCUGAGAUUAGACGCAAAGUCGAUGCUUCUACAAACGUUGUGCUCGGUAAGGACGUCUUCUCCUUAUGUCUAAAGCCCGGAUUCGAUGCGGCUUUUGCUAUGGGUUUGGUCUUGGUUCUUGAUCAACUCAACGGUGAUGAGUACGUUGUGGAUGGAACUGCGGUGCACCCAAUAACAGAGGAUCAAUAGUAGAGUUGAAUCUGGCGUUGUCUCGGCAUAUGUAUUUUAUUUUCUUUUUGCUAAUUUUAUUGAUAUUAGAAAAAGAAAUGUAAUAAUUAGUAGUUUAUAAUGAUGAGAAGUUGAUAAGGGAUUGGUGAGCUCUCGCUUUAGUUGAGCUUUGUAUGUUCAUAUGGAAAUAAUUAAUAUUUACCUCUAAUUAUUGUAUGUUU